AUGCAUACCAUUACGUUGUACGCCGCUGCAUUCAUAGUGCUUGGCUGGGCCCUUUAUGCCUUCGCCAAUGCCAUCUCAAGACGAAAUGCCAAGUACAACCCCAGAGGGUUACCGGGGCCUGCGCUCGUGCCCUGGGUGGGUCGUAUCCACGAUCUUCCCAUCCAGUACAUGUGGCUCAAGUUCAAAGAAUGGGCCGACACAUAUGGACCGAUAUAUCGAACGAAGAUGCUCGGGGCCAACUUCAUCAUCGUCUCGGACGAGUCGAUAGCCGAAGAGAUACUGGUGAAGAGGGCCAAGUUGUACUCGGACAGACCUCAGAUCCGGUCGUUGUUUGACUCUAAGAGCACGUUUGGCUCAAUGGAGUAUCUGCCCUUGAUGGGAAAGAAUCAGUACUGGGCCCGCCAAAGGAAGUUCACACACUCUUACCUAACCGAAGCUACCAACGCCCGCUACCACGGUAUCAUGGAGUUCGAGGCGAAGCGAUGGUUGAACAACCUAGUCAACGGUCCCGAUAACUUCGGCUUCUCGCUCGAGGACAUGGCUUCAAAGGUCAUGUGUCAGCUGACCUGGGACGACCACACAUUGAGCACAUAUCUCACUCCGAGUGCUUGGGGGCUGUUGACCCAGAUGUCGCCGGCCGGCCCGAUAACGAACGUCCUCACACCACUUUGGCACCUCCCACUCUACCUCAAUCCGUGGAAAAUGGCAGAGCGCAAGCGCCAUGAUGAUCAGCAGGCAUGGUGGAUGGACAAGCUGCUCAACACGCGGCGCCUCAUGGAGAAGGGCAAGCAGCGGCCAUGCUUCACUCGCACCUACCUCGAGACGGCAGAAAAGACUAGUCUCUCCGGAGAUUACGAGGCUUCGUCGGUGAUAGGCAUGAUGGCUCUAGUUGGCAUUUUCACCGUUGCUGGGCCAUUGUACUACUUCCUCGUGUCGAUGGUGCACCAUCCGGAGUGGCAGACCAAGUGCCAGGAUGAAGUGGACAGGGUGUGCGAAGGCCGAAUGCCAACGCUCGCCGACAUGCCGAAUCUUCCAACCCUUCGUGCUUGCAUCAAAGAGACGAUGCGAUGGAAGCCCAACGUUCCUACCGGUGAGUGCGUCGCGCAUGAGUGCGAAGCAGACGACUGGUACCGGGGCUACUUCAUCCCGAAAGGCACCCGCAUUCUCCCACUCGAUUACGCAUUCCUCCGCAACCCCACCAAGUACCCUGAUCCGGAAACGUUCCGUCCGGAGCGAUGGCUUGAGCCUGGAUGGCCAACAUACCAAGAACCCCUGACAAAGUACCCUACAGUAAAGGGCAUGACAUCGUUCGGAUUCGGGCAGAGGCAAUGCCUAGGCCAAUCCAUCACGCAGGAUGAGUUGGUCGUCGCUUGCGGCGGCCUAAUGUGGGCGUUCAACCUCAGACCAAAGGUGAAUCCCGUCACUGGCCAAGACAUCGAGGUACCUCUCGACAAGUCAAACUCGCUUCUCAUCGUCAAGCCGGAUCCCUUCCUGAUGGCGUUCGAACCAAGGAGUGCUACUAGGAGGGCCGAGGUAGUUGAGCAGUGGAAAGAGGCUGAGACGGCAGACGCUGAGGAAAGAGCAGCAUUUUUGAGGGAGGCUGAAGCGAAAGAAGUUGUUGGCUUAGAACUCAUGUCCAGUGGGUAA